AAUUGACGAACUCCUAAACGGGGACACCACUUUCUUUCCCUCUUUCUCUCGCUCGAAAAACUAGGACACCACCUCUUACGAACCAAACAACAGCCCAAUAAUGGUCUCUUUCAGAACUCUAUUCGUUCAGUCCCUUCGCUUCAAUGCCUUCACAAGACCUCUCAUCGCCUCUUCCGAACACCAGAGUGGAAGAAAACCUGCAAUUACUUGGGUUGGAACUCAAAGCCGUUUUGUUUCAUCUGCAGCUGAGGUUUCAGAAUUUGAAAGUGAUGAACUUCAUGAUGAUGUUGGAGGAAUUGAAAAAGAUGCUGCACUACGUCUGGCUCUCUCAAGGCUUGCAAGUGAUUUUGGCCGAGAGUCUAUGUUGUCUUUGAAGCGUUUCUUUCGUUCAAGACAUUUACCUGUGAUAUCUACAGGCUCAUUGAAGCUUGAUCUAGCUCUUGGGAUUGGAGGAUUACCAAAGGGAAGGAUAGUAGAAAUUUAUGGGCAAGAAGCAUCAGGCAAGACAACACUUGCCCUUCAUAUCAUCAAGGAAGCUCAAAAGUUUCGAGGUUAUUGUGCAUAUCUUGACGUGGAGAAUGCGAUGGACCCUUCCCUUGCAGAAGCAAUAGGUGUAAACACAGAAAACCUCCUUAUUUCUCAACCAGAUUCUGCUGAAAAUUUGUUGUGCAUGGUUGAUACACUGACCAAAAGUGGAUCAAUAGAUGUAAUUGUGGUUGAUAGUGUGGCUGCUCUUGUUCCCCAGUGUGAACUUGAUGUUCUUGUGGGUGGCACUUACAAGGAUGUACAAUCACAAAUAAUGACCCAAGCAUUACGAAAAAUUCAUUAUUCAUUAUGCCAGUCUCAGACUCUAAUUGUAUUUGUUAAUCAGGUGAGAUCAAAAGUAAGAUCGGUGAAGGGCUUUGGACAUGCGGAUGAGGUAACUUGUGGUGGAAAUGCCUUGCAAUUCUAUGCAGCUAUACGGAUGAAAAUUCAGAGAAAAGGAUUGCUCAAGACUGAAGAUAAGGUCACUGGCCUCGGGAUUUGUGUGCACGUGAUGAAAAACAAACUAGCACCUCCAAUGAAAAAGGCUGAACUGGGGAUAAAGUUCGGGAGAGGCAUUUGCUGCGAGUCCGAGGUCUUGGAAUUGGCGUGUGAUCAUGGAAUCAUUAUGAAAGAAGGAAACAACUUCUUCAUAGAAGGGGAAGUUUUGAAAAAUAAACAGGAAGCUGAACGCUAUCUGGCCGAAAACGAUGGGGUUCUGGACAAGAUAGUGAAUUCUGUAAGAAGUCAGUUAUUUGGGGAAGGAGCAUAAUCAUGGAAGAUCGUACCAAAAAUUGUUCGCAAAUCUUGGCAAAUGAAAGCUGCACUUAUUCCAGCACUAAGUAUGUGAACUGACCCUUGAUCAGUGCAUGAGAAUUUGUGCAGUGGACUUCAAUAUUUGAAGUUUGUUAGUUGCUCAGUCAUCUGCUCCUCCAUCGCCGAACUCCAAAUGGUGUUUGAUGUCAAUGAAUUGCAAAGGAGGUACGUCUCUGCUUGUGUUAUUGCAUCUCUGGUUUACUCUUCUUACAAAUUAAUCUGGAGUCUCUGGAUUAAUCUCACCCAGAAAAGGAAAUGUAUUGAUCUCUGCUAAAAUGCCUCAUCAUUGUAAAAAUGUUAUUUUCUAUGUAUUAUGAUGUAACAACACACUGUAAACCCCAUUGCCAGGCAGACUAAAGCUACCCCAAAUUAGAGCUAAUGCCCAUUAUGGAAUUGAUGAUGUUAUGACUGAUGAAUUUUUUUUCCUUU